CACAUGUACACAGCAAAAUCCGAAGUGUUGAUGUGAGUUAAAAUUACUGGUGUUAAAAAUUUCGAGUUGAAAAGUGUUGGUUUGAGAGUUACAGUAACACUAACGGUGCUGAAAAAGCUCUGUAGCCGGAGUUAUUUCAAAGAGUCAAUACUAUAACACUCAUUUGGAGUUGAUUUCCACAUCCGGGUUUUUCGCGCUCAUGGGCAUGAGGAGUCCGCCAGAAGUUUGCUGUCAAGAUCGAGGAGGUUGUUCAGGUGCUGUUGUAAGACAUGUUGCUGAAAGUGAAAUACCUCAAUGUAAAGAAGUACAUUAAAUUGCACGCAGGAUUCACUUAUCUAGAAUUCAUCAGUGAAGCCAAAACCAAGUUUGGACUUCCGGAUGCUGCUGACCUUGAUAUUUUCGAUGAAACUGACACAGCUGUCGAAGAAGACAUUUUUCUGGAGUUACUGGAGGCCCAACCAGACCUAUGCCUGACAAUACGUGAAAAGAUUUCAGAUGAAGAUUUUUGUCCUUUAGCUCAUUCCACACCAUCCUCCUCGGAUACAUUAUCUUCCCUCACGGACACUAUAUCACUUUCAUCAAGUGACAGUGACCUCAGGGAAAAGGGCAUUCCUGCAGGCCGCAGUAGAUCCAGCAAAGACAGUUCUGCACCAAAUGUUUCUGUGUCAGAGGCUGCAAAAGAGAUGGUUAAAAAUGCCUUGACUAGGAAACCUGGUGGAGAGGAAAUUCUUGAAGAAUACAAUGCCGAAAAUUCACUGAGCCACCGCACCCGGCGGCAGCUUGUUAACAUAUUGGCAAGUGAUAUGACUGAGAGACAUGGAAUUCCCUCCCGUAAGCAAAAGGAGAAAUAUGCCCUUGGAAUAAUUACACUCUUUCCCUCAUUGAAGGAUCCAUUUUCUCCAAACGGCUAUGAGCAUUUCUACGACGGAGUGAAAGGCACUGGAUAUGUAGCGUGGCGCCUCAAAACCAUGUCCAGGUCUACAACCAAACGGCCAGUGAAGGAAGUCCCAGUGCAUCACGAACAAGGGCCUAAGCGCAGAAGAUUAGCAACCACAUUGCCUCAGCAACUUGAUGGAGAUGCCUGCAAGGAGGCCAUCUCAUUUCUUGUUCACUCUCCUGAUGAAGCAAGUGUAUUUCAGAAGAUGAAAAUGACGUUCCAACAUCGCCAGGAUCUGGUGCAUGAUCCACAAAGAACUGCAGAUGUCUUCAAAACAUUUCCACGCUUUUUGGAUGUCAAAGGACUAGUCAAUCAAGACUUCCUGCUGCUGUUUGGUGCUGAAACAGCCACCAAGUUGCUUGAGAAGUGGGACAUGUCAUUCAAGCCAAAGGUUAUUAAAGAAGCCAAACAGCUGACUCAGUCAACUGACCUGUGUCGUUUGAUAAAAGCUGCUGAGAAACCAACAGAGAGUGAUGCAAAUGACUGGGACAGUGACAUGGCCUCUCUGCUGCUACUCCUUCAACUUUUGCCACCCACAGCUGGACGAAAGAGGAGAACCAAAAUAAGUCCAACUGAUGCAGCACACAAAAUGGUGCACUUUCACAAGUCAUGCUGCAGCAUUGAUGAACACUUGCAAGCAAGAGAUGGUAAACAACCAUACAUCCUCGCUGUUGGUCGAACCCAGAACAGCAUUGACACCUUCUACAUCGCAGUGGACAAACAGCUCAUCCCCUGCCAAGCCACCAGCUCACUCAGUGCUUUUGAUGAACUUUUCAAAUCCCACUACGUGUUCAACUUAUCUUACGACGAGUCACUGGUUCAUCUCUACAGUUUUGUGCAGACCACCAUAUUCAACAUUGAUGCCACCUCAACAGAUGAGUCACCACGUGUUCGUGAGUUGCGUGCCAAAAUGUUGAAUGAGAACCAUGUUUAAAUGUUUUAUCUGUCAAACUCUGCAUAGCACCAGUCAGGCUUUGAUAAGUCAUUUGCGACUAGGUCACAGUUUUUAUCCAAGCACCAAAUUUAAGUUGGCUUGUUCACAAGAUGGUUGCAGCCGUCAGUUCACUACAUAUUCUGGUUUAAAAAAACAUUUAAAUAGUGUUCAUGAUGAAGAUUGUUGUCAAAGUGGUGAUGCAGAACCCUCA